AUGGCUGGUAUCUCCACCCACUUAACACGUUCUACUCUCUCACUUCUUUCUACUUCUCUCCGUCGCUCUCAUUCAUCGAAGGAUCGAUUGUCCUGCUCUUCUUCCUCAUCAGCUUCACCUCUCAUGGAUCCACAGAACGGAGGGCGAAGAAGGUUCAUGGAAUUUCCUUACGUCUCGGCCCCACACAGAAAUCUGAUGGUGGAACUCGUCUCGAUGAUUGAGACUCGUCUUGAUUCAUUCCUGCUUCCUUGUAACCUCCCACCGGAUGUCCAGUACUACCAGAACCCUAGUGGGACAGCCCAUGCCUCUCUCCACGUCCGAUCUGGCCUUAAGUCAUCUCCGGUACUCGCACUUGCUCUAUAAUCUGUUUUUCAUUCCUUCCCCUUUUGAAUUCACCGUUUGCUUAUUUAUUUAUUGGUGUUUAGUUGUCCCAUCAUUGCUCUUUUAUCACCUGUUUGGCAUCACAAUAUCACAUAUUUCAAAAGUAGUUUUUGUGGGUAUCUACAAUUCUACUCAUAAGAGGGCGAAAUUCGAUUCUAAAUGUUGUGUUUUGAAGAGCAACAAAGGCUAUGCUAAGGAAUUUUCAAAUUAAAGUGCCUUUGUGGAUGUGUUCUUGGGGAGAUGGAAGGAUGACUUUGGGAAUUGGGACCAAUUUCACAUCGGAAGAAGAAGAAAAGUUUAGACCCUCUGCUCAAGCGGGGUGAUGUUGGCGCUUUGAUGGCGUACUUUAGCACAUGAGCGGUAGUGCGUUGGUGCCUACAUGGUGCACUUAGCAAGUUUAGGUACGAAUCGGGUUGAUCAGCCUAAUCAGGUGUGCGGGUGCCAGCAAAUGCGACGAUUGGGUGUGUCAUUUACAAAUGGACAUAAUAGUUAGAUCAAACGUCAAGAUUUAAAUAGACAAAUUCAAAUUAAUUAAAAUUUGAAUUUGAUACCAUUUGGCCAACAAACACCAAUGGCUAAGUACAGAUUUGCAUUGCACACCUUAAUUUUUGGUGGGGGCAAAUAUUGUUGUUUCAAAUGGCUAGUUUUUUAUAUUGUGAAAGUGGGUUGUUUUGGGGGUGAAAAUUUGAGGAAAUGAAGGGGAGGAGUGGAGGUGAACAUAACUGAUGAGGAAAUGUGCAACUCACCCUAAGUUUUAGGAAUUUUUUUGUAAUCUACCAUUAAGUUAAUUGCCAAAAAAACCUUGUACUUAGGGGGGGAAUACUAAGACCUCCUUCAACUUUAAUCUUUUGUAUUGAACCACCCUCCACCUUAAAACAAAGUGCAAAAAUGGAUGGGUCGUAGGACGCAUGCAUUUAAUGGUUCGUGUGACACACGCAUCCUAAACUGCAUGUGACGACCUAUAAAAAAUUUAUGAUAUAAAAUUCCUCAAAUAUCAUCACCUCUUCCCUCUUUCUUUUCUCUAUCUCCUUUCAACAGCAUCACCAGAGGUUGUUCCCAUUGUGCCUCCAUCUUCUUCAUCUUCUCUGUCUUUAUCUCUAUCUCUCUCUUUAGAGUACCACCAACGAAUUAGCAAAAAAUCUGAGCACAUUUCUCUUUAUCCUCUUCCUCCUGUCCAUCUCUCCUCUCUCUCUCUCUCUCUCUGCAAACCCCUUGCCUCCCCCCUAAAACACCACCUUUUGAAACUUCCCACCACUCAACCCCCAAUUUCCACCCAUUGCAUCCCCUUCCAUCCCCAAAGUUACCUAGCUCUCUCCCUAUCUCCCCUUUCUCUCUCUCUCCACCAAAGCCUCCACCAGACCCUCUCCCUGCCCCAUCGAAACGCAACAUUUGCAACACCCCAGACGACGCCACCUCAUUGUAACUCCCUACUCCACCCCACCCCACCUGCUGUGUGCGACCCACUCCCCACCAAUGAAUUUGUCACUGAUUUUGUCUCUGAAAUUUGUGGUUGAAAUCAAUGCUAAAAUUUAAAUUUGCCGAUGUGCAAAAAUUCACCGUUGUGCAGAAAAUUCAGUUAUGGUUCUUUGAUGUGCAUAAAUUCUUCUUUGAUUUCCACUGUAGAAUUUGAGGUUGGAGCAUAAAUUUGGCUUUGUAUUCGCCAUUGUGCAGAACUCCUAGAUUUUGUUUCUAAUUUAGGAUUUUAUUUUUUGAUUUUAAUUUGGUGUUGGUGGUGGUGGUGGUGGUGGUGUGGUGUGGUGUGUGCAAGGACAAUGGUAUUAACUGGUGAUGAUGAAUGUGCAGUUUGAUUAGUGGCUAUGAUCAUGGUGAUAGAGAAAGGAGGGUAAGAAGGAUGGAUUCUAAGGCUUGGCAAUUGCAAAGAUGAUAUGACGUGAUUUGUUGUCAGUUGAGGAUGGGAGAGGGAGAGGGAUUAAGAGGGUCUAAGCUAAAGAAAGGGCAUUGUAAUGAAAAUUAAAUGAAACUACUGAAGUAUUUUGAUAGUUUUACAUACUAGUUGAUGCACACGUGCGUUGCAC